AUGGACAGCUCCGACCUGACCACCCCGGCCCUCGAGCCACCCCCGGGGCACUCCAGCAACCUCGAAAAUCCUUUCUCGCUGGGUGUUUACUUCUAUGCCACGGCGGCCGUGGCGCUGGUGCUGUCAACGAUUGCUGUGGUCCUCCGAAUUUUCAUGAAAGCGCGAGUUCUGCGUCGCGUGCAGCUGGAAGAGUACAUUCUGGCGCUGUCUCUGGCCGGGUUCUACGCCUUCACUCUGUUGAUGGUCACAGCGACAAGCUUUGGGGAGGGGAUUCACCAGUGGAAUGUGUCGGUUGCAGACUUCAAGCGCGUGGUGGAACGAGCGAAUGUCAUCGAGAUCAUCUACUGUCCGACCAUCCUGGGGGCCAAGGUGGCGAUGCUCCUGCAGAUGAAACGCAUGUUCGUCGUCAGCAAGAAGGGCAAGCUCUACUGGCUGCAUGAAGUUCUGCUGUGGACCAACGUGCCCUGCUAUCUCGCCAUCACCCUGAGUUUCAUUCUGGCCUGUGUUCCACGUCAGAAGCUCUGGGAGCCUGAGCUGCCCGGCCGCUGCAUCUCGUCGAAUGGCUCGCUCAUUGCCUCGUCCGCCAUCAAUGUGGUUUCCGAUAUCACGAUGCUGCUUUUCCCGUUGAUGGUGAUUACGCGACUGCAGCUCCCUACUCGAACCAAGAUGAUCCUGGGGAUGGUAUUCGGCACUGGAAUUCUGGGCUGUAUUUCCAGUGUCUUCCGACUUGUAUACGGUGUGUUUCUGGCCAACACAAGCGACUUUACAUGGGCGAUUUCCCCUGUUGGCCUUUGGGCCAUCGCAGAAGUAUGCUCCGUUAUCCUGUCUGGUGCCGUCCCCAUGAUUCCAGGGUUCGUCAAAUUCGUACGAGGACAAGAAGGGUCUGGGUCAGGGCCCUCGUAUGUUGCCACGACCUCACGACGAGCGAACACCGGGAACCUCGUCUCACAUGGGAAGUCUGCGGUCGAUCAGACUGACAAGGGAGUAUAUGAUCAAUAUUACGAGCUUGGGGUCAUGAAUGCUGCCCAUGCCAGUGUGACGUCUCUCAUCGACGGACGCCAAAAGCCCGGUACGAGGACGAGCAUUGUCAAGACGGUCCACAUCCAAACUGGAUAUGAAUAG